AUGCCUCAUAGCUCCAGUCUCAAACUUAACCACGUUCCUGCUGAAGAAGAGGCGGUCUACUGGAUGGAGAAAGAAGCUCUCGUGAAAGAGGUGGAGGAAGAGGAGGCUGUUACAAUACAAAAACAAGUAGAGGUUGAGGCUGUUACUGUGAACGAAGAAGAAAAUGACGUCUCAGUUAAAGAAGAGGAAGACUACGACGUUUCAGUGAAAGAAGAAGAAGAAGAAGAAGAAGAGGAGGUGACUGUGUCAUCGAACAAUGAAGAAGAGGAGGAAACUGGAUAUCUGGGCCCGGUUUCCCAAACGCAUCUUAAGGCGUCCGAUGGUUCUAACGAUGAACCGGCCCUGAUUAACACUAUAGAGAGACCUGACUACCAUGGAUCCUCUGGGGGGCCUCAACAACCUCAUGAUGCUGACAGGGCAGAGAAGAGUCUCUCCACAUCAAAACAGCUCAAGAAACACCAGCAGAGACCCACAGGGAAGAAAUCUCAUUGCUGCUCUGACUGUGGGAAAGGUUGCAAAUCUUCAUCAGAACUUAAAAUACACCAGAGAACACACACAGGAGAGAAACCUUAUAGCUGUGGUCAAUGUGGGAGGAGUUUUACUACAUCUAGCGGUCUGACAUUACACCAGAGAAAACACACAGGAGAGAAACCUUAUAUGUGUGAUCAAUGUGGGAGGAGUUUUGUUAAAUCUAGCCAUCUGACUCAACACCAGAGAACACACACAGGAGAGAAAUCUUAUAUCUGUGAUCAGUGUGGGAGGAGUUUUGUUCAAGCUAGCCAUCUGACUCAACACCAGAGAACACACACAGGAGAGAAGCCUUAUAGCUGUGAUCAAUGUGAGAAGAGUUUUACUACAUCUAGCCAUCUGACUCAACACCAGAGAACACACACAGGAGAGAAACCUUUUAGCUGUGAUCAAUGUGACAAGACAUACUCUGAUAAAAGAUCUCUGAUCAAACAUCAGAAAAUACAUACAUGAAGAAGUUGUUUCAUGAUAUCACUGUAGUAGGAGUAUUUUAAUGAUGUCACAAUGUAGAAUGUUUUAACAUUGUAGUAGGAGUAUUUUAAUGAUGUCACAAUGUAGAAUGUUUUAACAUUGUAGUAGGAGUAUUUUAAUGAUGUUCUACCUUAUCGUUUACCCUGUUCAAUUGAUUGCAGCAUGAUAUGGAUAUUAACCUCAGGGGGAAAUCCAGGCUCUGAAUUGAAAGAGUAUUA